AUGGAAUCCCAGUCCGGCCAUCCAACCUUCGCCGUGGACGACCACGAGGCCUUCAUGGACUACGCGCUGGAGCAGGCGCGCAAGUCCCCGCCGGCCUCCAACAAAUUCUGCGUUGGGGCAGCACUUGUCGACGCCGACAAGGGCGAGGUCCUGUCGACCGGAUACUCACUGGAGUAUCCGCGGGACUACAAGGGAGACCCUGGGACAACACAUGCUGAGCAGUGCUGCUUCAUCAAGAUAGCCGACAAACACAAUCUCCCGGAGGAGCGCAUCAGAGAAGUCCUGCCCGCCAAUACGGUGCUGUACACUACGAUGGAGCCGUGCAAUGAGCGAUUAAGCGGUAACAUGACCUGCGUGACUCGGAUCCUGCGACUCGAGGGCGCCAUCAAGAUCGUCUACGUGGGGAUAAAGGAGCCCGGGACGUUCAUCGCCAACAACGACGGACAGCAAAGGCUCGAAGCCAACGGUGUCAAGGUCGUGUUUCCGGUGGACCACUGGAAGGAAAAGAUAACGGAGGUCUCCAUGGCUGGCCACUGA